CAUGGCUUGACAGAAACCGUCCUAUCAACUGUCUCUUCAGUUGGUAGACAGUAAACCAGGGACUGAUUUGAGAGGACGCUGGGAAGACUUGACUAGUCUAAGACAAAUGAUAAUAUUUGGAUCAGGAAGGGUGGGCUUAUAAUUUGAUACGACAUGGAGAUACUGGCGCGGGUAACGGUUGACUUGCUAUAACCGUGCCUGAGAUGGGAGGAAAGUACAGCCGAGAGGAAGGGAGGUGGCCUGGGUGUUGCCAAUGCUACUCUAGGCUCUGUAGCGAACAAAAAGAGAGUCUUGAAAAAAUGCCCUUGGGUUUCUGCGAUAUCAAGUCACACAACUUGUGCUUUGGUACUCAGAAUCCUGCGUAUUUAGACGUGCCAUACUUUCCUGACAAUGAUCUGCACAUGGCAGUCUGUGCAGGAGACUUAUCUUUUGUGCGGCAGUACACUCUGGGGAAGUACGAAGUCAAUCACAGAGACGAGGAGAAUAGGAAUGCCUUGCACUUUGCCUGUUUCUAUGGACAUCUAGAAAUGGUGAAUUACCUCUGGAGGCGUGGGUGUGAGAUUAAUGUGUGUGACAACCAUAAUAUCACACCUCUGAUGAAGGCUGUCCAGAGCUGGGAAGAGGAAAUCGUGUGCUAUCUGCUAGAGCGUCAUGCUAACGUGCAUAUUAAAGACAACAGUGGUAACACUGCUCUCCACUAUGCAGUGUAUGGCGGGGAGCCAGCAAUGGCUGCCAGGCUUCUACAGUAUGGAGCAAAUAUUGAGGAAAGAACGAAAGUAAGGAUCAUUCUGCUUAGAAACCCCUGUGAUGUAUGCAGGACUAAUCACCCUCAGUGAGUGAGUUUAGAAGCU